CCCUAGGGUUUCUCUGUCUUGUGAAGCUAAAGUUAGGGUUUUUCUUGAUCCACAGAUCUCUCUCCACUUUUCGCCUUCACAGUAAGAUGUAUACCUCAAGGAAGAAAAUCCACAAAGAUAAGGAUGCAGAACCAACUGAAUUUGAGGAGUCAGUUGCACAGGCCUUGUUCGAUUUGGAGAACACUAACCAAGAGCUGAAAAGUGAAUUGAAGGACCUAUACAUAAAUUCAGCAGUUCAAAUUGAUGUUUCUGGGAAUCGGAAGGCUGUUGUCAUCCAUGUUCCUUACAGACUGAGGAAAGUCUUCCGAAAGAUUCAUGUCAGGCUGGUGAGAGAGCUUGAGAAGAAAUUCAGUGGGAAGGAUGUGAUCCUGAUUGCAACUCGGAGGAUAAUGAGGCCCCCAAAGAAAGGCUCAGCCGUUCAACGGCCGCGCAGCCGAACUCUCAUGUCUGUGCAUGAGAACAUGCUAGAGGAUAUCGUUGUCCCUGCUGAGAUUGUUGGGAAGCAUGUUAGGUAUCACCUUGAUGGAUCCAAGAUAAUGAAGCACAAAGAAACAGUCAAUUGAUUUCUGUCAUGUUUCCCUCAAGGAUUAAACAGGUUUUUUUGGACCCCAAGGAGAGAAACAACACUGAGUACAAGUUGGAGACUUUUGCUUCAGUUUACAGGAGGCUUUCAGGCAGAGAUGUAGUAUUCGAAUACCCUUUAACAGCGGAGGCUUAGAAACUAGGUUUCACAGUUCUCUCUUUUUGCCCCAACCUUCAGUGAAGCAACUGCAAUUACUUUAAAAUUUUGUUAUUGACAAGUCUCUCAGGAUGCAGAAACAUGUGAAUUUUACUUAUGUGUUGAGUUAUUAUUACUAAAUGAUAGGAUAUUUUGAGUUUAAUGCUUUUUCGGUCAUCUACAAAAAAUUUGCCCCUUGUCUUUUUCUUGAUCAAGGUGCUAUUAGAUGUUGAAAUGUUUCUCUAUAAAGGAUAAUAUUUGCAUGUUCGCAAUGAAAAUGGAGUGGAAACAUGAGUUGGCUUUUCUA